AUUUUCGCGGGCUUUUCCUGCCAGUUCACACAACGAAAACACCACAUACAAGAAGAGUGGACGUCUCUGCUCCGUGAGCUCCCAUGGAAACUCAUGCGAAUGACGAGAUUAUUCCCAUGGACACCGCUGGGGAAGAAGAAGAAGUAGUUCCUUGUAAAGAACCCCCCAAAAUCCUCCGUCUCGACGAGUCCGUUGUCAAUCGAAUCGCUGCCGGGGAGGUCAUUCAAAGACCUGUUUCCGCCAUUAAAGAGCUCGUCGAAAACAGCCUCGACGCCCAAGCAACAUCCGUCAACGUCGUCGUCAAGGACGGCGGCCUCAAACUCAUCCAAGUUUCUGACGACGGCCAUGGCAUACGUUAUGAAGAUUUGCCCAUUUUGUGCGAGAGGCAUACGACGUCCAAGUUGUCCACAUUUGAGGAUUUACAGUCCAUAAAGUCAAUGGGAUUUCGAGGAGAGGCUCUUGCGAGCAUGACCUAUGUAGGUCAUGUUACGGUCACCACCAUUACUAAAGGACAGCUACACGGUUAUAGAGUAUCGUAUAGAGAUGGAGUGAUGGAGCAUGAGCCUAAGCCAUGUGCUGCUGUAAAAGGAACUCAGAUAACGGUUGAGAAUCUGUUCUAUAACAUGACUGCUCGGAGGAAGACACUACAAAAUGCAUCUGAUGAUUACACGAAGAUUGUGGACCUCCUAAGUCGUUUUGCCAUUCAUCAUACAAACAUCAGCUUUUCUUGCAGAAAGCAUGGAGCUGCCAGAGCAGAUGUUCAUUCAGUUGGACCAACUUCAAGGUUAGAUGCCAUUCGUACAGUUUAUGGUGCAUCGGUUGCCCGGAAUCUAAUGAAAAUAGAAGUUUCAGAAAAUGAUGAAGCCUGCUCAGGUUUUCAGAUGGAUGGCUUGAUUUCCAACUCAAAUUAUGUUGCAAAGAAGAUCAUGAUGGUGCUCUUUAUCAAUGGAAGAAUGGUGGAAUGCAGUGCUUUAAAAAGAGCUAUUGAAAUUGUUUAUGCUGCAACCUUACCCAAAGCAUCCAAACCUUACAUCUAUAUGUCAAUUAUAUUGCCGCCUGAGCAUGUGGACGUGAAUGUUCAUCCGACCAAAAAAGAGGUAAGCCUCCUGAACCAGGAAGUUAUUAUUGAGAGGAUACAGUCAGCGGUUGAAUCAAAAUUGAGAAGUUCUAAUGACACGAAGGCAUAUCAAGAACAGGAUGUAGAAUCUUCUGUGGCCUAUCAAAUGGUUCUUAGCAAUGACGAUACUCAAAAUUCCUCGAAGUCAGGGUCAAAAUCGCAAAAGGUUCCAGUGCAUAAAAUGGUUAGAGCAGAUUCAACAGAUCCAGCUGGAAGGUUGCACGCGUAUGUUCAAAUGAAGCAGCCUGGCCUCCCUGAAUCUAGCUUACCUGCUGUAAGGUCUUUUGUAAGACAGAGAAGGAACCCAAAGGAAUCUGCUAAUCUUACUAGCAUUCAAGAUCUUGUUGCAGAUAUUGAUAAGAAUUUCCAUGCUGGUCUCCUUAACACUGUAAGACAUUGCGUAUAUAUUGGAAUGGCAGAUGAUGUAUUCGCACUGCUUCAGCAUGGAACUCAUCUCUAUCUAGCGAAUGUUGUGAAUUUGAGCAAAGAACUCAUGUAUCAGCAAGUUUUGCGUCGAUUUGCUCAUUUUAAUGCAAUACAAUUAAGCAACCCAGCCCCUCUAUUCGAGUUACUUAUUUUGGCACUGAAGGAGGAAUAUGCAAAUUCAGAGUGUGAGAAUGAUGAUUUUAAUGAGAAGGUAGCUGAGACGAGUACAAAACUGCUCAAGUUGAAAGCUGAAAUGCUGGAGGAAUUUUUCUGCAUAAGUAUUGACAGAAAUGGGAAUUUGGCUAGUCUUCCAGUCGUACUUGACCAAUACACACCUGAUAUGGACCGUGUUCCUGAGUUUAUGCUUUCUUUAGCUAAUGAUAUUGAUUGGGAGGAUGAGAAAACUUGUCUCCAGUCGAUUUCAGCUGCCAUCGGCAAUUUCUAUGCUAUGCAUCCUCCCUUGCUGCCCAAUCCAUCAGGUGAUGGCUUGCAGUUCUACAAAAGGAUAAAACCAUCCGGGAAUUCUGAUGGUGAAAAUAUAGGUGAUGAUGAGGUGGGAAUGGAUAACGAGAUUGAUGAUCAACUACUAUCGGAGGCAGAAACUAUAUGGGCUCAACGUGAAUGGUCAAUACAACAUGUACUCUUUCCAUCAAUGAAGCUGUUCUUCAAGCCUCCACAUUCUCUGGGCGAAAAUGGUACUUUCGUUCGGGUUGCAUCAUUGGAGAAACUUUACAAGAUCUUUGAGAGAUGCUGAGGGAGUUUGAUCAAUCUUCGGCAGCUUCUAGAACCACCCUUGUUUCUUUUUAGAAAAAUAUUUAGGUGUGUCUCAGUAACUUCCGCUCUACUUAAUUGUCCAACUAGAUUUUGUCACGUGGUGAGAUUUUUCUUUCAUCUUUGUGAUUGGAGUUAGUUGCACAAAAGUGAGUGUAGCUCAAGAUGUACCAAAUAAUUACUUUUCUUUUUCCUAUCUUGUAUAGCUAUCUAUAACCCUCUUCCCUACAUUAAUUUGUAUAGUCACCAUUUGGCGUGUAACAACUUUUGAUAGCUACCUAUAAGUCAUUUAGUUUUGCAAUCA